GCUUUGAACUUGCUCUAUGAUGCAACUAUUUAUCUGCUACAGUAAACAUUUGUAGUUCGUAUGUUGGACUCCACAAAGUUAUUUAGGGUGAUUGCCUAUGUUUCUUUUGGAGUUGUGUGUCACUUACUUCAGAAUGUUGGAGAUGGAUUCCCUGGAUGGUUCCAUUCGCGUAUGAUUUGGUAUUGUUGAUUGAGCUUUGAAAAGGGUAUUUCUUUUUCUCUGAGUAUUGACCUGCAGAAUGUCUCCAUUAUUGUGUGGAGACCAGAUUUUCAUCUCAGGUAACAUCUUUUGCUUCCCAAUGACUAUUCUUACUUUACAGUAAGGGAUGGGAUUUAUCAUGUUUAUGAGAAGCACUUAGGAUAGUGAAGAAAAUUUUCCAUUUUCAAUUUUCAACUGUCUCAAUUAAUUUUCUAUUGUUCACUGAACCAACUGCCAAACAAUUUCCAUCAAGGUGUUCCUUCUAUUCCUCCAUCUUUUUAUGUUUUCAAUUUUUUUGCUUGUUUGCUCAGUUGUUCUAUAUCAGUACUUAAAUGUAGUAAUGUACUAGUCUGUCUGAGGGCAUUAUGACAAUAAAAGAAAUAUAUCAUAAUAGCUAACAAUCUCUGCUAGUUGAUCGAGUAGUUUUGAAAGACAAUAGCUACUUCUGGAAGAAUAGAUGGUCUUGGGAAUGAUUGAAUUAUAAUUUAUUGUAGAAUCUAUUUUAGAACUCAAUCUCUUACCUUCUUGAUUGAAUUAUAAUUUUGUUCUAUAAACAUUGGAUGACCCAAAAUGAAAAACAUUAUGAAUUUAGCUAUAAAAAGGGCCAUAUCUAUAAGUAGAUGAAAUAAGAAGAGUGCAAAGGAUCUCAGCUUCUAUGUCUGGAUUGUUUAGUAUAUAUUUUACUUAUUGAUAUAUCUUGUAUUGGAGUAAAGGAAAUGCUAGGUAGGUACUGGCUAUUAUAGCCAUGGGGCCUGCAUAAAGUCAAUCUAAUCUAGCAUUUUAUUUGCUGUAUUCCAUUUCAGAAGUAUCUCCAAUUGGAUAAUUGGAUAUACGUUGUAAGUUGUAACUUACAGGACCAAGACUCUCCAUUCUCUUGUAUUGCCUGCGCUCGAGUGCCUUAUUUACCACAUUUGUGUUGCUUAUAUAAGCCUUUCUUGGUUUCACCAGUGAACUGCUCUGGUAUUCAAAUGUA